AUGGCUGAAGUAGCGGCACCAGGUGGACCAGCACCUCCACCUGCAGAUGGAGGAUUCUUUGGGAACCUCUUUUCCUUCCAAGGCAUCUCACGGAUGGUUAUGAUCUGGAUGGUCACUAAUGCUGUAGUCGGAUAUUUCACUCCAAAACCACCGCCAGUUCAACAAGUUCAGACGACCUCAGAGACUGGUGAAUCCAUUCUCGUUCCCAAGAUUACAGCGUAUACGCCUGCCUGGGGACAUGGUAUCAAUUUGGACUUGUACGUAUACCUAUCUGAAUCAGAAGAACACCCCUCAUUCUCAGAUGAGAAAUCCUUGAUUUGGUUUCAACCAAACAUUCUAUUCGGAAACACGUCUGAAUAUCGACGAUUGGAUACUUUUUACACACCUUCUGAAGAUGUGAAAAACAAUGGAUCCUUGUAUGCUCACAUGUACUUGACUCCACAUGGUGCAAGUCCUAAUCCUGCUGCAAAGAGUUAUGAUGCAGAGCAUACUUUGGAGUACAGUCAGAUGGUGACAAGGUAUAAACGUAUGAAGAAAGUGUCAACCAAGAAGAAACUGGUUGGAGUUGUUGGAUAUCAAUCAAAAGACCCAGAGCCAGUUGUUUCUGAGCAGAGUGAAGAGCACGACGAAGAAGGAGCUGAAAAAAAGAAGGAGGAACUACCAAUAAUAUCAUACUGGUGGCCAAACAUUUCUAUUGCUCUGGUCAUGGAUCAAAAUCAGUACCCUGCUAAUCUGCCACCUCACAUUAUGAAGAAUGUGAAACUCACACCAGAUGGAUUUAGCUACUAUCCAAUCUUUUACAUGAAUGAGUUUUGGCUGCUGCAUGAGAAACUAUACCCAAUUAACUCGACUACAAGCACUUUGGAUGUAGCACUACAAUUCUAUUCUUUAUCAUCCUUUUACCAUCAAAUGUAUAUGCAAUUGGAUGAUUCAUUCAAGCAACAGAGUCAAAUGAUGGGACAGUCUGAUGGUGAAAAGGAUGAAGUGAAGCGAAUGUUAUUGGAAACUAACCCAUACUUGAUGGGUAUCACCAUGUUUGUCUCGAUAUUACACAGUCUCUUUGACUUUUUGGCAUUCAAGAAUGAGGUACAAUUCUGGCAAAAGAAGAAGGACAUGGAAGGCUUAUCAUUCAGAACCAUUGUUUGGAAUGUGGCUACACAAUUUAUUAUCUUUUUGUAUCUGAUGGAUAAUGAAACGUCUUGGAUGGUGUUGAUUUCUUCUGGAGUCGGACUUUUGAUUGAGAUGUGGAAGAUUAAUAAGACUGUUAAUGUCAAGACCAAAGCUACCUUCCCUUUCGUUGAAUUUGUUGAUAAAGUGAAGGCUAGCAAGCUUGUUCGAAAGACCAAGAAGUAUGAUGAGAUCGCAUUCAGAUAUAUGUCAUACUUACUAUACCCAUGUCUACUUGGUUACGCGAUCUACUCGUUAUACAAUGAGGAGCACAAGUCAUGGUAUUCAUUCAUUGUAUCAACACUGGUUGGAUUUGUGUACAUGUUUGGAUUUAUUACCAUGACGCCACAACUAUUCAUCAAUUACAAGCUGAAGAGUGUGGCUCAUAUGCCCUGGAAGACUUUCAUGUACAAAGCUUUAAACACAUUCAUUGACGACUUGUUUGCAUUCAUUGUGAAAAUGCCUUGGUUGCAUCGCAUAGCCUGUUUACGUGACGACGUGGUCUUUUUCGUCUAUCUAUACCAAAGAUGGGUAUACCCUGAAGACAGCAGAAGAAGGAACGAGUUUGGACAGGUCGGUGAAGAUGGAGGCGGUCAAGAUGACCUCUCUGAUGAGGACGAGGAUGAACUUGAAAAGGAGGACAAGAAGGAGGAAAAGAAGGAGGGUGGUGGUGAUGUUGACAAGAAGCCGAUUGAUGGCGCAUCAUCCAAGGGGGACAAGAAGAGUGGUGUGAAGGAAUCGAAGAAAGUAAAAUAA